UCUCCUCUCCCUCUCCUCUCUGCCUCUCCCUCCCUUUCUCUUCUUCCUCUCUCCUCUUCCUCUCGAGCGAGGGAGAGGAGGAGAAGCCCGCAGCCUCCUGGCCGGAGGGGCAGGGCGCGUAGGAAGCGGCGGCGGGCCUCCUCCUCCCCAAGAAGGCUGGGAUGGGACCAGGCAGCGGCUCUACCCGGCCGGGAGGUGGCGGCCGUGGCCCAAGCGGCCUCGGAGCCCGGCGCGCCAUGGAGGGAGGCGCGGGGAGGGCUCUCGGCUGACGAGCCUCGGACCCCCAGCGGAGGAGGAGAAGCCGGAGAAAGCGGCGCGCGCGCGUCCCCGCUCCGCUUUGCGGUUGCCCCCCCCUCCCUCCCCCGGGCAACGGGGGGGAGGCGGCGCAAAGAGCCAGCGAGGAGCCCUGUCGCUGCGUCCCCGCUCCGCUUGGCUGGCAAGAUGGGCUGGAGCCGGAGGAUCGGCGGAACCGGAGCUCCGUCCCCGCUGCUGCUAUCGGCGGUGCUGCUGCUCCUCCUGGCCAGCCAGCAGCCGAGCGCCGGCCGGAAACCUCCCAAGAGAAGAUGCGCUUCGGGCUGCACCUGCACCAAGGACACGGCGCUGUGCGAGGGAGUCAAGGAGAUCCCCCGCGAUCUGCCCCCGAACCUCAUCUCCCUGUGUCUUAUUCGGUCCGGCUUUACUGAGGUCUUGGAAGGCAGUUUUCAACAGGUGCCGUCUCUCCAGCUGCUCUUGAUCACUUACAACUCCCUGGAAUUGAUUGGGGACGAUGCUUUUGUGGGACUGAUACACCUGGAAUAUCUGUUCAUUGAACAAAACAGACUAGAAGCCAUCUCCAAGAAUGCCUUCAGAGGCCUGAAGACUCUUCUUCAUCUGAAUUUAGCCAACAACAACUUGCAGACCUUACCAAGGCACCUCUUCCGAGGGCUGGAUUCGCUGACUUCAGUGGACUUGCGGGGCAAUGCUUUCCACUGCGACUGUAAGCUGAAAUGGCUGGUGGAGUGGUUGAGCCACACCAGCGCCUUGGUGGAGCCCAUCGAGUGCCACUCGCCGGCUGAGCUGAACCGCACCAGCCUCAGCGAACUGCGCCCUGGAGGGUUCAAUUGCAUCACCACCGAAUUUGUUCUCUUUGACACUUUGCCAGAGCAGUCUCUUUCAAUAGAAACGUUCGUCUACCACGAUGAAGAGAAUUUGGUGGUUGCGCAGCCCUUUACCGGACGCUGCAACUUCAUGGAGUGGGACCACGUGAGUGGGAGAUUUCGCAGCUAUGCCACGAUCAAUGGUUCUUCCACCGUGGUCUGCAAACCCUUGGUGAUUGAGGGCGAACUCUUCGUAGUUGUAGCUCAGCUCUUCAGAGGGUCCCACAUCUACAAGCGACACGAAACUACAGGACAGUUCCUGCACACCCAGGUCAUUGAGAGCUCGCGCAUCCGCAAGCCCAAUGACAUCGAGGUCUUCCGAAUGGAGGGUGAUUGGUAUUUCAUCAUGGCUGACAGUUCCAAGGCCGGUUCGACCACCUUGUACCGCUGGAACGGACACGGCUUCUAUUCCCACCAGUCCUUGCAUUCUUGGUAUCGGGACACCGAUGCUGAAUUUCUGGAGAUUGCAGGCAAGCCCCACCUCAUCUUGGCCAGCAGCUCUCAGCGCCCGGUCGUCUAUCAGUGGAACAAGCAGCAAUUCGUGCGCCGGACGGACAUUCCAGAUAUGGAUGAUGUCUACGCUGUCAAGCAUUUCAAGGUCAAAGACGACGUGUACAUUUGUUUGACGCGGUUCCUCGGAGAUUCCAAGGUGAUGCACUGGGAUGGGUCCAUGUUUCGAGAUGUCCAGCAGAUGCCUUCUCGCGGCUCCAUGGUCUUCCAACCGCUGAGCAUCGCCGGCUAUCGCUACGCCUUCCUUGGCAACGACUACUCCUUCAGCAAAGUUUACCGCUAUGACCCCGUCACUGGCCUCUUCCAGCACUUCCAGGAGCUCAACACCCAGGCGCCGCGUUCCUUUGCCCACCUCAACGUUGACAAGCAAGACUUCCUGAUUGCCUCCAGCUUCAAGGGCAAGACACACAUUUACCGUCACCUCAUCAUUGAUCUGAGUGCCUGAGCCCAGCAACAGUGGGGCUGGGGUGGGGGCAGCCGGGGGGUGGGGCAUUGAUUGAGGGUAGGAGGCAGCUACCGCAGGGAGAAGCAACCCAGGAGAAGACCCCGUUGGCUCCUGGGGAGGUGCAGUACCAGAGGCAUCCACUAGGGGGACAGCAUUUGGAAGCAGAUGCUGUUGAGGGUGCCCGUCUCCAAUGGCAGAAGACAACAGCUGGCCAGCAGGUGGGAGCUAGGCGACUUAAGAGCCAUAAUCAAUCACUAGCAAACGCAACUUGAGUGGCAGCAGAAGUCAGCAGGUUUUUCUUUUUCUUUUGACCUGCCGAAUGAUGAUAAACUGAUGCUGCCAUUGCCGGAACAGCAGUUCUCUCAGCCACCUCUUCCUAGGUGGCUCAGUGGCUAAAGACACUGAGCUUGUCGACCGGAAAGGUCGGCGGUUCGAAUCCCUAAUACAGGCCUCCUGCGUGAGCAGAGGGUUGGACUAGAUGACUUCCGAGGUCCCUUCCAACUCUGUUACUGUUACUCAGAAACCCUUCACCGACAAGGCACUUCGUUUGAUAGGGAGGUCAAUCCUAUCCAGAAUUGCUCAGAAUUUCCAUUCUUUUUUUUCCCCCAUUUCAUUUCCUAACAAGGACGAGGUCGAUUCAGUUGGAGUUUCUUCUUCCCCUUUUAAUGAAUUCCUGAAAAGGUUUUUUUUUUUUUUAUUUUGCUUGUUUUGCCUGCUUGCUUGUAUGGCUCUGUUUUCUGUUGAAAACAUUUUAUUUUUUUUAAAUUGUGCAAUCCUGCAUCAGAUAACUGUAACCUAUGCGUGCCUGUCCAAAAAAAGCAAACACCCAACUUACGGCUGAGUUCACACAAUGCGGACAGAGCCAUUUAAAAUGGAGUUGAUGGCUUGGGAUUCAGUUUUGGGGAGGGGGAAUCAUAAUCUAUUGUAGAAACCAGGCCAUGAUGUUAUCAUAUGUGGGGGUGGGAUUUGGCUAUCCCAAAUCAUGGGCCCCAAAACAUUGUGUGAAUACAGCCAAAGAAUCUUGGAACCCCUUUAAAUGUCUUCUGAUAUAAGCUUUGUAUGUUAUACUUGAGCCACGGUGGUGCAGUGGUUAGAGUGCAGUACUGCAGGCUGCUUCUGCCGGCUGCCGGCUGCUGGCUGCCUGCAAUUUGGCAGUUUGAAUCUCACCAGGCUCAAGGUUGACUCAGCCUUCCAUCCUUCCGAGGUGGGUAAAAUGAGGACCCAGAUUGUUGGGGCAAUAGGUUGACUCUGUAAACUGUUUAGAGAGGGCUGUAAAAGCACUGUAAAGCAGCGGUGAAAUCUGGCCAGAUCUAUCCGGCUCGCACGAACCGGUAGGGCUGCUGGCGGGAGGCUCCGCCCACCCACUGGGACAUCAUUACGUCCCAUUUUUCACCCUCUGCGCAUGCGCAGAAUUCUCUGUGCAUGCUCAGAAGAGGUAGCGAAGGUAAGUGCAUUUCACUGCUGCUGUAAAUGGGUAUAUAAGUCUAAGUGCUAUUGCCACUUCCCUAGGAGUAAGUCCCGUCGAACUUAACUGGAAUUACCAGCCCAGGCCAUACAUACUGGUCUGCCACCCACUCAGUCCUACUGGAAGCCUGCCUCAACUUUUCCUUGAGAUAGGCUGCAUUUUCCGAUGAACAUUUUCCUGCGUUCAACAGAAGUUUUUUUCCAAAGGAGAUCUGCAUCAAGUAACGUUACAGUCACCUGCUGGUAGCUCCCAGCAUGUUUUAAUGGCCGUUUUCUAUUUCCCAAUUUAAGGAUGUAUAAACAUAUCACCAUGUUCGCCAUCAAACUACGUCAGGGAGAGACACAACCGAAGCACAAGCUUAGCGUUAAGCACACAAGGGGGUCCCAGGAAAUCUCGAUCAACUGGAGGAGGACUUGGGAGGGAGGGGGGAAGAGAACAAAGUAACUUAAGAGGCGCAUGGACUCAUCGACAGAACGGGGAAGAUGGGAGCCAUUCUGGACAGAACUGUUGACUGAACCAGAGGUGGACUUGCAAGAAACACAGUCCGGCAUUUAUAUUUCAACCCCGUAAAUCAGGGGUCUCAACCUUGGCAACUUUAAGCCUGGUGGACUUCAAUUCCCAGAAUUCCCCAGCCAGCUUUUGCUGGCUGGGGAAUUCUGGGAGUUGAAGUCCGCCAGGCUUAAAGUUGCCAAGGUUGGAGACCCCUGCCGUAAAUAGCCAUUGUGUUAUUCAGUCAUCAAAUCCCCUUCUAGGAGUGGAAUUACUCUAUUGUAUACCUUCCUCUUGGUGGACUGGGAGAGAGACACAGCUCAGGCGGAAAAUACACCACGCGUGGUUUUCUUCAGAAGGACAUGUGGAUUUCUUCUACGGGCUUCCCUUCACGAUGCGGCAUCCCACAUACAAUACAAUUGUAAAUAAAAAUCAAUAUAUUUGUUUGUGGGCUGGUGAAUGUUUGGGCUUGUCGCCACUUUCCAGAAGCUCAAGGAAGCUACUCGGAGCCAAAGGGUGUGGGGG